AUGAACCCACGACGCCAACUAGAUGAAGCUGACGCACAUCAGGAAUCGUCCUCCUCUGCAGGAGAAGAUGAGACGGACCAAAGUUUUCCUGCACAGAAUCUUCCGGCCUCUGUCCUUGAGGCAGUGGGAGGGCGGGCGAGGUAUCCUGGUGAGCACCAUAGUAUACAUGAUCUCGCUCCCUUGGGCGUGGUUCCGCCUCCGCAGAAAACCCCACCGCGCAGUCCAAUCUGGGCCGCGGCAGCGAAGGGCAAGGGCGAGCCCCCGCAGAAGGCUCCGCCCAAGUAUAUUCUUGCCGGCCGGUCUGCUCCGCCGCCCGUGACGCUGGAGGGCGAUCUUUGCACCCUCCCAUCAGCUCCUUGCGUCGACCAUGCGACAUCAACCUCCAGUGCCGCUUCUUCGGUAAGAAGCCGACCCCCUGGGGGCGUUCCAUCGUAUACCUUGUUCGGGACGUCGCCGAUUUGGAGCGAAAGGCGAAGCCCGGCACAAGCUCCGUGGCCCAAUGCGAAGAGUGCAUCUUCGGAGAUGGACAUUUUUUCCAGCAGUGAGCCUGAGCGCCUGGUGCUUCCACCGGCUGCGUCGACUUCGGCCAGCGAUGUAGUCGCGGCACCUGUAGUCGUAGAAAAGCAAAAAAUAGAAAUUCUCUCUUCUGAAGAACGUGAACAGAGACGGCCAUCUCCUCCACCAAUGCCCCCACCAGGUCCCGAAGAGGCGCUGGAGCGAAAUUCGCUGGGGAGCGGGACGGCACUUGAUGGAGCAGGGGCGCGGGCCGCCGAUGUUGCAAGUGCCACCGCUGGAACAACCCUCCUUUCCGGACUUCGUUUGGAAGCGAAACCCGAACCACGGGAAAUCGAGCGUGCGAUGGAUAAAUCAGCUGCACCCGCCCGAAAAGGCGAUUCUGAGGUGGAAGCGACCGUCGAGCAUCUGGUGGCACCGGCCGACGCCUUGUCCUUCUCGUCCCUUUCAGCAGCGCCGGCCGCCUCGUCACGCAAGGGGUCCGCCUCCACCUCAGAAAGUUCUUCUUCGCCCUUUUUUGGUCCAGCGGCCACGGAGCUCGUGACCGGGUCUUUCCGAGCGCUGGAACAGGAGAGCCGUCAGGGGGAUGUUUUGGCGAAAGAAUCAGGCGAGACCGAGGCGACAGCAACGCCGGAGGAGGCGGAGAAGGACAAACUACCCUCAACGCUAGCGGAGACGGAAAAAGAGCUAGUGGAAAAGAUGAUGAACUAUUUCCCGAGAACUGGCCACCCCCAUUCACAAAUUGUCACGAAAAACUACAUGGACAUGGAGUAGCAUCGGCUUUUGUCAUGCAAAAAGUGGACGGGCACGGGGAUGAUUAGUUUUCAGGGAAUAGGACUCUGCAGCUGCUCACGAGCACGAUCGACAAGAUUUCCCGGGAAGGGAGGGAGGUAGCGGCCAACUACACUGCGGGCGUUCCGGGCAGUCUUCUCGCGAAGCUGGCCUCCCUCCAGGAUGCUUGCUCCGAAGUGCAUAAGGAACUUGCCUCGGCUGAAGCAUCAGCGGCCGACGGCGGAACAUCCGGCGCGUGUCGCCUCGCUCAGGACGGGGAACGGCCACAACAGCGUGAUAAAGCCACUGAAACCAAUGUUAUUGUAGCAGCGCCGCAGGGCGAUCGUUUGAUGGAGCAGGCGGUGGAAGACGUCGCAGAGGGGUCUUCUGAACGCAAAACGUCAGCCAGCCAAGGAGUUCUUGAUGCUAGUUCCUCAGCACAGAGAAAAACCGAGGUAGUCCAUGUUGCAACCAAGACGAGAAAAAAGACAACAAAUUUUUCAGCUGCUGGAACUGGCGGCCCCGGGACCAAGACGUCACCACAAGUCGCCACAACCAAAAUAACUCAAGCGAAAAAGCAAGCGAAUGACGGCAGCAGGGGAACAAGUGAAGAGGCAAACGAUCGGGCUGUCGCGAGCAGCCACGAAGCUGCAAAAACUGCAGGCGUACACGAAGAUGAACGCGUUCAACAGAGAUACGAGGAUGCAAUUAAAGAGAAAGACACGUCCGCGCGCCCAGCGUUGAAAACAGCUGCGCGCUCUAGUGCAGUCGGCCCGUCCGCCACUUCUGAGGCAAAGCCGGUGCAGCGCGGUGCGGCAGGUAAGACGCGAGCAAAGUCGCCUUUUGCCGGCCCACGGCGGCCACCGACACCGCCGAGAUCAGACAAUGGAGAUUGUCGGGGGAAGAAGGAAGGCUUAAAGAUUUCGAGUCCGACGAGUAGAGGCGAGGGAACAUCCUUACCUGCGGAGGAGCACAGAGCAGGGGUGGAUCGGGAUGCGAGGGCAGCGAAACCGGAAAUCGCUGCGCAACACCCACAAGGUGCAGGUAGGGCAGACAAUAUCCAAAUAGGACGAGGUAUCGAAGAUAGGCUUUUCUUUUUCUUGAACGCAGGCGAGCCUUUUUUCAUCCUGUCAGAGCUGCUAGGAAAGAAGUUUGAAGUAUUGCCAGCCUCCCCUAGUCAAUUUUUUUGAGCCCUUCCGAAAUUUACAAUUUAUUGUUCAUAGUUUUCCAAUAAAAAAAUCCCUCACGACGACCUCCUAUAUUGGAGUUGCGGCUGCUCCCCGCGUUACAUCACAUCUACCAUCAUUGCAACGUGUUCAAAUAGGUACAGGGAAAUCCAGAAACACUUCCAGAAGCAAGUCCAGAAGCAAAGCCUCGUCAUCGUCGAAAAAAGCUUCGCCCAAUUCUCCAACCACACAGACAGGAGCCUCUCGCGUUUCCGAACGCGACCGUAAAAUGGACGAGCUCGCGCUCGCGGACAAUCUGGCUGAGGGAAUUGAAAAAUCGCAGCAAAAUGACCCGCGCGGGCAAAGAACAGCAGUGCCAGUUGCGCACCGCGUAGAAGCCCUCCCCGCAGGUACAAGCUGUUGAUCAUACAUUGCAGCCUGCUAAAUUCUUACCUAGCUGUCUUUAUUUUUUCAUCUACAUUUUGUUUCUUCUUUCUUUGUCUUUUUGAUCUUGACUAUGACACAUAAAUCCUCAACCAACGAUGAGAACACUGAUCCACUCCAAAGAUCCAAAGCACACCUAAACGGGCACGAACGUCACUAGUUCAAUUCUACUUGAGUGAGAAAGCUAGAGAACCUGAAACAGGCUAAGCCGGGCACAGACGUCACGGCUAGGAAUGUGAUGGAUCCCGCAGGCCCCAGAUUUGCCUGCGCGCAUAGUACCAUCGACCUUUACUCUUCCAAUGAACCCCAGGGCCCUUGAUGUCAGUAUUGGCACAUACACACAAACAUACCUUUCUGCAUAUCUGCACCACCUCGAAGAGGUGUUGCGUUUACUCGUAGCGAGUUCUACCUCGUCGUUGGUUAGUUCGCAUCUUCACAUUGACUGAGGUGUGCUCUGCUGUGUGUUUUUCUUUAGCGUUACAGCAAGGGUUGUAGCCUGGGUUUCCUCGGAAGAGGAUAAUGCUAAUGCACGGGGACUACGACUACAACGACUACCACCUCUAUUAUCAUGCGUGAAUAAAUGCAAAAUCAAAAAUCAGAUGAUACCGACGGCUAUCCAGCGAAACUCGAGGUAUCUCGCACAGCCCACUUUCUAUAUGGGCUGGUAGAAGGGCGCGGCGCGACAAAGCUUGCCUUUUUAGAAUCUCCGGAAGCCCCACAGUAUUUCAAUGAGGUUGCGCGCCUUUUCGAAAUUAAGCUUCGCGAGAGUGGUCUACCUGCACAAUAUCCACGGCUCUGCGAAUACAUGCGGAUGCUAGUUGCCGAAUACGUGCGCACCGGUGAUUCGUCGAUCCAAGUCGUGGGAGGUACUAUUGGUCUGAACAAUCCCAGUGCGGCAGCAUCAGUGGCAGCUUCUUCCGGUAGUUCGGUACUUUUGCCGACGGAUACAACGUUAAGUGGUGCUGUCGAAGGACCGCGCGGAACUUCUGCCUCGUCGUCAUGGAACAACAGACGGAAAGGCGCUGGCGCGGGAGGGGCGAAACACGGCAAAAGUGGUAAAGGGCAGAAGGACAACCGACGCGGUAGCAGAAGCGGGAGCGACGACCACGACAUGGAUGCGCUGGACGCGGCGAACCCCGAAAACGUUGCGCAAAAAAUGGUCGAAAUCUUGGGAAUCGUCGCAAAAGUGCAGACGGGACUGCAAAGAGGUGUGCAAUUCCUACGCCCCAGUUUCUACGCGAGGCUCUUGGCGCGAGAAUUUGGAAUGUUCGUGACCGAAUUCAAGGCGCUCUACGACGAACUGCUGCGUACAACCUUAGCUAGGGGUGGAGCGCCACUGCGCCGCGGGGCGGCGGAAGCAGGAGACGGAGAUCCUGCACAGGGAUCAUCUUCAAGUGGUCGGGACCACAGCAAGCCGAACAACCGCAAGAGGCACACCAAGACUGGAGGCACAAGUGGAGCUGCAACUACACCAGGAGCUGUCAGACCCGCCUCAGCUGGUGCUGCGUCCGCAGUUCCUCGUGCUGGGGACACGACCAGAAUGCGGUUUCCCCGAGUUUGGUCGCGUAGCUUCUGGCGUUCUGUUGCUACACGUGCGCGCGGAGGUGGACGGCGCCAAGCUUUGCGACGCUUCGGGCGAGCGUUUGCUCAGUCCCGAGGUUUCACUCUCGGCUGCUCCGUCGUGAUCGUCCGGUUUUUGUUCGACGCACUCAUGGCAAUUAACUACUUCAUGGUCCUGGAACGGUCACUGAUUUUGCACAAUGUGCCGCCCUCCCUGACGACUCCCUAUAUCGGCUCCGACGGGCAAAUUCACGAUCCGGUCAACGGCAACAGAGUCGUGGGUGUGGAAACCGACGGCGCGCCCCUGACCCACGGAGAAAUGAUUUGCUCGCAUCUGCCGCGGCCCAGCAGUUGCGCAAAUAUUGUGAUGGCGUCGGCAGCACAGCAGCUGCAGGGCUUGAGCGUGGUCGAGCGCGCGAACUUGUGCAACGACGCACUGUACGACAUCGCCCGCUACGAGCAAGCUGCCAUGCGUGUGAAGCAGGAGGCGGAGCGCAACGGACAGGAAGUGGAAACUCUCUUCGACACACCUCACGCAGACCUCGAGGCCAGCGAGCUGGAUUCCACGUCUAAACGUUUCUUUUUCCGCCUGGUAAAUUACUUCUACCCCCUGAGGAGCGACGUCAUGUACCGUGGGGAAGAAAACGCGCCCAAGUGCACCACGCUGCAGGAAUAUUUGUCAGCCCAGCAGAACGCUGUCAAAGAGGCUCUCGGCAACCGCUUCGAACGGCACGUCUCCUGGGACGAACUACAGAAAUUGGUAUGUUUUUUUUCGUUUAAGUAUAUCAAAUCAUGACAGCCGGAGUUGAGCUCUAAGUAAACCACACUGGCGCGAUUUAGCUCGUUGUCGAAGACCCGGUGGAGAAUACUUUAUCUCCAUCUCGUCGGGAUUUUCUUUACAGGAGGCGAUGCUUGAGGCUGGAAAAAAAUCACGGACGCAGCUCCAGAGGCAAGUGGCGGUUGCUGCAAAGAAGGCGCGCGAGGGCGAGAAGGGUCUCGGGAACGAUGCAGAGUUGUACCAGGCAGCUGCUCUCAAGCGGAAGGCGGAGGAGGUGGAUCUGACGAAGAGAAGAAGAAAAGAGGAGGUCAUGAAGAAAAAGAUCGAACAUGAAUGGUCGCGUUUCGCGCUUGGAAAGCGCAGUGGACUGGUGAACGUGGCCACCCGGGGGCGGUAUGCGGUCGGUGACGAGCGCCUGGGUGACGUAGUCGGUGCGGCGGCCUUGCGUAGUGCCGACGUUAUUCUUGAGUGCCAGGGGCCGGAUGCGGUCGAGUCUGAGAGUACCAGGGAAGCAGCUGUAUUCCCCAUUCUCGGCGCCCUGGCUUCGCCGCACGCCGCGACGAUAAUGGAGGCCGCUUUGGAGUACUACAAAGCCCACAAUAUUCGUUUCGAUGGGACGACGGGCACCGAGGAUCGGGUAGAAGAUGGUCGAGCCAGUGCCUCCAGUGGCGGCUCAGACGGAGCGGAGCGUACUGCAGAGGGCACUUCUGCUCCACGUGCAUCGGCUGACGAACUCACGGGUAACAUAGCUGGCAUGCCGAAGGGGCUGUCCGAACUCGCAUCUAGAAUUUUCGAAAAUUUCUACUCCGACGAUUUCGUGUCCGCAAUUUCCAGCACCCUGGCUCAACAAGACCAGGCCCGGGAACGCAACCAGUCUUUUGCGGUCAUCGCGACACGGGAAAUACUACGGGCGACCCAGGCCCCCGCGUUAGCGCAGGCGGCCGCGGAUGCCGGGGCCGCACGGCAGGCAGCUUCCGCGUAUUCGCCGCAGACAAACCUAGAAGUGUCGAGCCCAGCAACGCUAUUUCGCGUGAAGAAAUCUUCUUGCAAGCUUGUCUACAAGGACUCCAAAACCGGUCUGCUCUCUGGCAGCGAUGUACAAACUAAAUGCAGGAUAUUUUGAUUGUUUGCCUGUAAAAAAAAUGCGCUAAGUAGUUACGUUUUUGUACGUUGCAGCUUCUGAAUCUGAAACAAACUCAGCCCGGUAAGGACAGAGAAAAGUUUUACUGGAAGACUGUGCCAUUGCCAGCUCUCUUUCUGGGAAAAAAAAAUGUUGACGCAGACAAAAACUUCGCACCGCCAACAGGUUUUGACCGAUACGGGGAUUUUUCCGGGCAGAAAUAGCCAGAGAGCAGACGAAGGCAUCGAGCGAGCAGCAGCGUCUGCGGAGUUUUUGGAACGCACAAAAAAUUUGCGGGCCUCGCUUGAUGCGGUCUCCUUUGUGGACCUUCGAGAAAAAGUAUGAGGGAGAAGGAACACGUAUGCCCCUGCCCCGAAAAUCAAACACAAACUCAAACAUACAAUUCUGCGCGCCAUACACAUCCUAGUGCACUCAAACGUAGGACGAGUAAAAAAAAGGCUAAAAAGUUUUUACAAGACGGGCACGGGCCCACAUAAACAGCGGUUUUGAACAGUUGUAUGGAUGUAUUUGUGCGUCUGUUGCUGUUGUAUCAUGCAAUCAUUGCACGACAUCAUCAACAUGCAUCGUUUUUUAUGUUUCUACAGCAGGGUCCAUGUAAAUCUAAAUGGUCACGCCUACGACAGCACGAGUACCAAAGAAAAAGAGAUACGACGGCACGACGAGGUGGGCGGCUUCACGUUUUGCAUGGCAUACAAGCUUAAGCACAAAGACUUCCUAGAACCUCUACCGCGGUUCGAACUGCAGGCUCUGAUCUCGCGGCACGGGCAGAUGCUCCGUGAGAAAGCACUGGAAGUGUACCGCGCGGAAGUUCCCGAGGCCGAACGCAUCUCGCAGCAAGCCGAGGCACUGAAGGCACUCGCGGCCGGAAAUUCGCCAGACGAGAUGAUACAGAUGGACCUGCCCGAGGCAGCUAGUACGAAGCACGGGGGGGCGCUUGAUCUGGGAACCCUCUUGGAGCAAGAUCCGAAGACGAGGGCGGAUAUUGAGGGAGCAGUGGCGAUGCGCCACAUGGUGCGCUUAGUGAUAGAGAGCGGGGGAAACCCGGAGGUUCUAUUCUUUACCUGGAAAACGGCGUCCAAGCGCGAUGCGGACGUUUUUCGCGACUUUACGUGGAUGGCAGUGGAGGGCAAGGACCCUCUUCGUGUAAAGAUGAAAGUCGAUGGAGGAGGUGGACCGGCCUCAGUGCCUAGAAAUAAAAACAAAAGAGGCACCAGUGCUGGUGCAGGAGGCGCACAGAAAGGUCCUCUUUCAGAUCCACCGCGCCCUGCAUUCUCAUGGACGGGGAACCUUGGAACAAACGUGCCCCGUGCUGCGAUCGGGGAAGUCAUCCAAAAGCAUUUGGAUAGAAACGCGGACGCCGUGCUGGCAGAGGAGGUACGCCCGCGAGAACUACAGCAGCUACGAGCGGGAAAGGAGGCAGAGCUGGCGCCUCGCGACGAAACAAGGCCUGUGGAGGAAAGCAUGCUUGUCCCGCGCUCCGUCGGUGACCCAGCGAUGUUCCGAAAAAGCCUUCUAGACCACGAGGACGUUCAUAUUGACGACACUGAUGGUGCACCCGUUAUACUGCCACGUACGUCGACCAGCGAGGGGGCUAGAGAGAACGAAGCCGUCAAAGACGGAAACGAAACUUCAGGAGAACUCCAGCAGGAGAAAACAGGAGAUGUUGACCUGCUCGAGAGCCAAAGUGCCGGUAACGGGGCCAGCGCAACUUAUAGCUGGCUUCACGACGCCCACGCCGGGCCGCCUUGGCCUUCAAGUUCGACGUCUACGUCAUUGUUGCCGAGCAGCGGCCUCCGAUCUCUUGCAGACAGCAAUCUUCUCGACAAAAGUGGGGGUGCUAGUUCGUUCUCCUCGACGAGGGACGAACGUGAAGUGGACCCACCAGGAGCUCCUGCUUCAGCAAAAAAUGCAGCUUCUGGAAAUGAUGUUUAUUCUCCAAGCCUGGCGGAUAGAACCUCAAACUCCGCUCGUCAACAUCUGGGUAUUGAGAAGCGGAUGGAAAUACUAGACUCUGCUGCUGGGGCGCCGCGGCGACACCCUUCGGGGCUAGAGCGGUCCAAGACGUGGCAACCGCUGCCGGAGCUGCAGUACGUCGGCACAGACCCCGCCAAGCUCGACCCGCGCCUUCCUUUUCCCGAGAAAGUGAGGGAGGUUGCCGGCCCCAUUCUUGACCAGUUUGCUGACCAUUUUCGCCAACACGGGUCGCGAAGUGAGAAAGUGCACGCCAUGAAGCUGCACCGUGUGGAGAAGACGCUGCGCAACGACCCCGUUGACGGGAGCUCUACUUCCGGCGCCAGCGCCAUUACUCCGGAGGUCGAGGAGAAGCUGCGGGACGAGAGCCGUCGGAGCCCGUUGCCUAUGUUCAUGAUGUGUGAACUGGGCGAGGCGGAGUGCCAGAGUACGAUCGCCGCCUGCGCGCGGAACAUCCUCGGGCAUGGAAAGACGGCCAAGAUCAACUUCGCGUCGUUCACAAUUCCCCCAGAGAUCCUAUGGCAAUCUCAAUCAUUGACAUUACAUUGGUCGCUGUUCUUGCAUGAGUUCUGCUUGGUUUGUCAUGCAGAACCUCCAGCGGCAGCAGCACCGCCCACCGGCAGCAGCACGUGCAUCUGCAUGAUCAAACAGACUCACAUGACAAGCUUGGGACGCACUGCAUAAAUAGCAUCAAAAUAUAUUCGUUGUUGCAGAGUUCGAUUUGUAUAUGCAAGGAGCAAUGCGCAGAGCUCGAGCUUCGCCUGUAUUUGUUUUCGCGAUUGUCAUGCAGUACAAAUCAGGCAGAGGCAUCAUAGUGGAUGUAACAGCGAUCAGUAGGACGUUUGAGAACGUCAUAGACCGCGCAAAAGUACACAUUUCCCUUUCACAAGAACGACAAGUUGAGCGACGAAGGCGUGGCGGCCACCUCAUCUGCCGUCGCGGAGUUCCGGUUCGCGCUCGCGCGCGAAAUGCUUGGCGUCCUGAUGCGGCAGUACGUGCCCGCGAGCCAACGAUUUUUGCUGCAGCUGGCAGACAGCGAACCGAACGAGAUCAAGUCCGAACGUCUUCUGCCUUUCUUUACCAAGGGGUUCGACGGUGCGCACUGGUACCGGCUGGAGGGGCGUCGCUUGGCUCGGUCCGCGAUUUCGCCGACCGGGUGGGUACCCGGAGGACUGUUGCGCGAUGCGCUGAGCACACCCUGGGAAGCCCACUUGCAGGACCCCAACGUAGCAAAUAGUAACUACGCGGUUGAUGUAGACAAACUCGGGGAGCCACCUGCGAGGCAAUAUUUCGUUCUCGCCGGCCUGUUGGAGCAAAUUAUCUCCAGCGGAGCGACCGACAUUACUGUGGCGCUACUGGAAGAGGCAUAA